UAACCAUGAUAAUAACUAAUAGAAAGCCAAUUGAUGGAAAAGCGCAUAUGGGGACAGUCAGUGAGUAAACGAUAUUAACAUAGGGAACCUGUGCAAAAAUAAUAUAGUUCCAGUUUUCCCUGACAAUAUAUCAAGGGCUUUAAACUAUUUUAGGAACCUUUUUUGGAGUUUCUUCUUCUGAGUUUAGUGCAGCAUUUUCAACAAGGCGAGCUAGCAUCAACACAAGUGUUGAAUUAGAGAAACGGAAGUCGGGACUCUUGUCAUUUGCGGAAUAACAAAUGUCUACUCCACUGCAAACACUGCCUUUAGCGAGCGUUGUUCUGUCGGUACUGUAGCUAAUACAUUAAUGUUCUCACUGUUUGGACUAUUGUUUUCAGAUAUUACUGUAGCGUUAGCCCCCCGGGCUCGUUGUUUCCGAUACACCGCUCGGCUUGUGAUGGCGUGGCAGUAGCCUGUUUUUUUUUGUCUGUGUUAUCCGUGUAGGGACCAACGUUACGCAUGGGAAACACGGACGUUAACUCUUCUUACACUGCCAAAGUGGCUACAAGGAACCAGAGGAGGACAAACGCGUCAGAACAAUCUUCGCUGAGCCAGUGAAAAGCCAGCGGACGUCGCUUUCGCAACUUGUUGUCCAGGUGUGGGACAGACAGGUGAGCGGCCGAACAUGGAAGAUGAGGUGUUUGACCAGAUUGUGUUCGUCUUUCACAACCUGGUGUCGUGGGUCGCUGCCGGGGCCAUGGUGUUCGGUGGGGUGGUGCCCUACAUCCCACAAUACAGAGACAUCCGCCGGACUCAGAAUGCCGAGGGCUUCUCCACAUAUGUGUGCCUGGUCCUCCUGGUGGCAAACAUCUUACGGAUACUCUUUAGAUUUGGCCGCUACUUCGAGACACUGCUGCUGUGGCAGAGCAUCAUCAUGAUCGUCACCAUGCUCAUCAUGCUGAGCCUGUGCACCGACGUCCGCACGACUACUGAACUCAACACAAAGAGACGCUCCUUCAUAGACUUUGACUGGAGCUACUUCUGGUUGUGGAGUCGCUUUGUGGACUACAUGCAGUGUGUGCUGGCCUUCACGCUGAUGGCAGCCUACAUCACCUACCUCUUCCUGGACUCUGCGCUGUUCGUGGAGACCCUGGGCUUCCUGGCCGUCUUCUCUGAAGCAAUGCUGGGCACACCGCAGCUCUACUGCAAUUAUCAGAAUAAGUCCACAGAGGGCAUGAGUAUCAAGAUGGUGCUGAUGUGGACCAGCGGCGACACCUUUAAAACGGGCUACUUCCUGCUCACCCAGGCUCCGGUGCAAUUCUGGACGUGUGGCCUGCUGCAGGUCUUGGUGGACUUCACCAUCCUGUUCCAGGUUUACUACUACAGCCGCUACCCACAGAAGCCAGUGUCCCACACUGUCUCCCACACCACCAGUGCCAAAGCCCUCUGAGAGCCUCUGCAAUCUCUCGGGAGGACACAUCACAACUCGACAAACGCCAGCGAGGAAGCUCUUUUUCAGAGGCGCUUGCAGACAUGUAUAAGAAGACGCGAGUACCGAGCCACCUUGAGAUGAUGCAGGCUGCUCACGCUCACUCCCAAGUAAACCGAAGGACACACACCCACCCAUGAAUCAGGCCAAAAACGUACACAGACACUUGGUGGUGGUGUUGUCUGCAGCGAUAACUGACGGACACUUGUUACAAACAAACCUCGGAUCCUUUUUUUUUUUUCUUUUUCAUUUUUAUUUAUUUAUCCUACUGACUCCUCCACAAUGCGACCGUAUGCUUUUGUCCUGGAAUGCAGACUUCGCAAAGAAUAUAUCCUUGAAUCCACCCGUGCAUGUGGAGAAUAGUAUGCACAUAGAUGAGUGUACACCGGAAAUAACUGGAGAUAUACAGCCUGCGCUGAAAUCCGGGCUCGAGGAAACAUGGACCGGCUGCUGUCGUCCACAUUGGCUGAUGAUUGUUGCAUGGACCCCUCUGCCUUAAAACCCACCCAUUCAAACAUGGCUCGCAGCAUUACAAGCAAUAUACUGUACAUGUUGAAUCAAUCAAAAGGGAGGAAAAGAAAUCCUACUAUACAUCAUUACUGAAUGUACAAAAUUACAUGUUUUUUGUUCCCCCCCUCCAACACCGUGGAGAAAUGCGGGUCAGUCUCCCACUUGUUGGACAGACAACUGAGGAAUGGAAUUGUAAGAAAGUAGAGGCAAUCGCACUUCGCUAAAAGAAGAUAAAUCCCAAAGGCUUGAAGAUGCAAUGUAUUGGCUUUUAUAAAAAACAAAGGAUCAUAAUACAUCAGUGGCCUUCAUGGUAACGGAGCAAUGAUAAAAUCAGAGCUUUGUAAAAAGAAUAAAAGAAUAAGAAAAAAAAGAACACAAGGGCAGUCUUCUAUCUGAAGCAUCAUUAAAGCAUCAUGACCGGAUUUCCGGCUGCAUAAAGGCGGACGCCAAGGUUUUUGUACUGAAGAUGUUGACAUUUUGUGUAUAUCAUUUUGAUCGUUUUCAUGAGGUGCAUUUAGACUGAACACAAAGCGGAUUUAAUGCAAUUGCAUACAAAGUCAUUAAUACAAGUUGGGCGGGAAUGUGCUCCGGCCAGGGGCCAAGUGUAGCAUUGGGCAUCGAGAACCGCUUCCAACUUGGAAAUCGUUUCAAAAAUUAUGAUUUCCAAUGGAAUUCUUUUUCUUUUUUUUUGGAAAAAUGUGGUUACGAAUCCGAUCAUCUGUCCCAAAUUUAACACGCGCAGGUUUGGGUUUCCGUAGCGGCCGCUGUACUUCCAGGCGCUUGUUGUGUUGCGGCCACGGAGCGCCGCUCUACAUUGUGGCUUUAUUUUACGUUGGAAAAAGCCCGGUAAAACUGCAAAUCACCUAGCCUCGUUACACCAUCCUGAACGGGGGGGUCCAGUUUUCCACUCGCAGAUCAGUCUGGCAUCUUGAGGCAGAGAAAAUUUUGAGCAGUUA